AGCAAAUAAAGCAAAAAUUCCAAAAUCCUUUCCUUCGAUUUGUUCCAAAAAUCUCUGAAAGUUUUCAACUUUAAUCAGUUUGGGGAAGAACACACAAAUCUCUUGAAUGCAAUGUGAAAAAAGGAACAGUUUUUACCGACGAGGAUGGUGGCUGCAGCGAUUUCAACCACUGACCCAAGAAACCCACCUCGAGAUCGACAAGAUAAACCUCAAUCCUUAACCAACAAUGGCGGACAAAGAAGACCCAGAGGCAAACAAGUUCCUUCUCGCUACUUAUCUCCAUCUCCUUCUCACUCUGUCUCUUCCAACACCACUACCACUACCACUACCACAUCCUCUUCCUCCUCUUCUUCUUCCUCUGCAAUACUCAGAACUAGUAAACGAUACCCAUCUCCUUCGCCUUUACUCUCUCGCUCCACGACCAAUUCCGCUUCUAAUUCCAUCAAAACGCCGUCUUUGUUACCUAAGCGGUCUCAAUCAGUGGACCGUCGUCGACCCUCGGCGGUUCCCGUCACUGUAGGCAGUGAAAUGUCGGCGGCUACAAAGAUGCUUAUCACUUCCACUAGGAGUUUGUCUGUUUCGUUUCAAGGUGAAGCCUUUUCUCUUCCGAUUAGUAAAAAGAAAGAGGCUACUUCUACGCCGGUUUCUCACCGGAAACCUACUCCGGAGCGACGGAGAUCGACGCCGGUUCGAGAUCAGAGAGAGAACUCUAAGCCAGUGGAUCAGCAACGGUGGCCUGGAGCUUCUCGGAGGGGGAAUUCUGAAUCUGUUGUGCCGAAUUCGCUUUCUAGAAGCUUAGAUUGUGGCAGUGAUAGAGGAAAGCUUGGAUCUGGGUUUGUUGGGAGGUCAAUGUUGCAUAAUUCUAUGAUUGAUGAGAGUCCUAGGGUUUCUGUUAAUGGGAGAUUGAGUUUAGAUUUGGGAGGUAGGGAUGAAUAUUUGGAAAUUGGAGAUGAUAGCCAGAGAAGACCUAAUAAUAAUGGUUUGACGUCUAGUGUUUCCUGUGACUUCACUGCUUCGGAUACUGAUAGUGUUUCUUCUGGUAGCACUAAUGGUGUCCAGGAAUGUGGUUCUGGUGUUAAUGGGGAAAUCUCUAAAUCAAAGAGCUUGCCUCGUAAUAUUAUGGCUUCUGCUAGGUUUUGGCAAGAGACUAAUAGCCGGUUAAGGCGGUUGCAGGAUCCAGGUUCGCCUUUAUCCUCUAGCCCGGGUUUGAAAACAAGUAGUAUAUCUUCAAAGUUUGGUCUUUCGAAACGGUUUUCUAGCGAUGCUGUUCCUUUAUCAUCUCCUCGUGGUAUGGCUUCUCCUGUAAGAGGUUCUGCUAUUCGCUCUGCUUCACCAAGUAAGCUUUGGGCGACAACUACGUCAUCUCCAGCUAGAGCACUUUCGAGUCCUUCUCGAGUGAGAAAUGGAGUUUCUGAUCAAAUGAACGCUUAUAACCGCAACAAUACGCCUUCAAUUCUUAGUUUCUCUGCUGAUAUUAGGAGAGGGAAAAUUGGGGAGGAUCGUGUUAUGGAUGCACAUUUGUUGAGGCUUCUAUAUAACCGUUACCUGCAGUGGCGGUUUGUCAAUGCGAGGGCAGACUCUACUGUUAUGGUGCAAAGAUUGAACGCGGAGAAAAACCUGUGGAAUGCAUGGGUAUCAAUCUCGGAAUUGCGGCACAGUGUCACUUUAAAACGAAUCAAGUUGCUUUUGCUAAGGCAGAAAUUGAAACUGGCUUCUAUUCUGAGGGGACAGAUGGGUUUUCUAGAAGAAUGGUCUCUUCUGGAUAGAGAUCAUUCAAGUUCUUUGUCUGGAGCAACUGAAUCCUUGAAAGCCAGUACGCUUCGUCUACCAAUAGUUGGAAAAACCGUGGUUGAUAUCCAAGACCUCAAGCAUGCUGUUAGUUCAGCCGUCGAUGUAAUGCAAGCUAUGUCAUCUUCCAUAUUCUCACUGACGUUGAAGGUGGAUGAGAUGAAUUCUGUAAUGGUCGAAACCGUGAAUGUAACUGCUAAGGAAAAGGUUUUGCUUGAAAGAUGUCAAGGUUGCUUAUCAAGAGUAGCAGCUAUGCAGGUUACUGAUUGUAGCAUGAAAACGCACAUAAUACAACUAAGUCGGAUACCAAUCACAAGCAGCUUGACUUCACAACUGUAGAAAAACUGAUCUUCCUCAAGAGAACAGAUUUGUUCUUUUUGACUACACUACUCACCAAGAACAGAGUUGCUAACACGGGCCUUUUCCUUCCACGAAUCCGACCUUAUCGUUUUCAAACCAAGAUCAAGGUUAGAUUCGCGGAUUAUCAUCUCUCUCUCUCUCGCUCUCUCUCUUUUGCUCUUGUAGUUCUACAUUUGUUUUAUAUAAAGAUUGCAGGUAAUU